AUGGCCAAGGAUAAACCAACAGAUGUGGAAUCAAAUGAGGGAAUGGACAAGAAAUUCAGCAAGCAUUUGCGUGUUAGAGGCGCCCCCAGUAGAGAUGAUGGGCAGAAGGGUAAACACGCUAAAGCUAGUAAAAGCAACAUUGCUGUGAAUGAAAAAGAAAAAGGUGAUUCAAUUGGCAGUGACAGGGUUCUAAGAAGUGCGAGUAAUGGAGACGGAAAAACGUUUGAGAAGGCUGAGGGGCACAGGUGUACGACAAAGUUGACCAUUGACGCUGUGUCUGCAAUGGGUGAAAAUUUUGGGAAAAGAAAAGUAAUGGCAGAGGAGGAAAAUGCAGGGAUGGCUGAACCUCCAGCAAAAAGAAGAAGAAAUGUUGACAAGGAUAAGACAAAGAAGAGUGAUUUGCGUGUCAGUGACAGGAUUCUAAGAUCACAUGAUGUAAUGAAAGGAGAUGAAAUUGAAAAUGGAAAGUCCAAGGGGAAGAAACCUGUGGCAGAGAAAAGUCACUCAACUGGACUUGAGGUUAAACGUGUUGAAGGUGCUGCAAAGAGAAAAUUUCAUGCUGAGGAGGAGCUCUUAGAAUCACAGAGGGAAAAUACCAUGGAGGUAGACUGUUACAGUUCAGAGCUUGCGAAGAAGCCUUUGCUCAAGGUUGGAGGUGGUGGACCUGUGGAAACACUACAAAAACAGAUGAACGAAAUGGCAAUAAGUGGUGUGAAGAAAAGGGGCCAUGAGCUAAAGAUGAGGGAGGACAAGAAGGAUGAGUUCAAAGAUGUGAGAGAGGCUUCACCGAAGACACGAGAUGUUAAACCAAUAGCAAGCAAAGAUGGAAAAAAGAGUGUUCACUCGCAGAAAAGGGGCAACACCAAGGACAAUACAGGGAAUGCGGGCAAGAAGACCGUCUCCAAUAGAAUUCUCGAGGCAGAAACUCAAGCUGUGCAGAAAACCAUGAAGAGCAGCGGUCAGGGUAAUGUGGAGAUCAGGAAAAAUCCUCCUAGGAAAGGGCAAGAAGCUACUGAUCAAACCAGAUGAUUUGUAAAGUGAAU